CAUUGGCAUCACCGUCAGCCAUUUUAUGUAGUCUAUGAUCGAAGCAUCAUGAAAUCGUGGAAGUCUGUGAUAAAGGCAAAUGGCCGCCGUAGUGUAUAAGAGCGGGUUACGCAUAUGAUGUUUUUCCGCGAACAGUUCCUGACGUACGGUAUGUAAAGACGCGUGAGUUGAUCAAUUGACAAAAAGCGUGAUGUGAACGACAAACGAAAAAUUGAAUGGUGUUUCCGUGGCCGGCGAUGAACGGUGAAAAUGCUAGUGCGGUGAUGAAAUCGGUGUCGGAGGGUGAGCUGGGCGUGGAAGAGGUUAAAUUAUCAGAAUCGAAAAUACAGGAUUCUAUCCCGCGUUUGAAACGUACGUUUACUUUGCCGAGGAAUCCGUUUCAAAGUGCCAGCAGGAUGUUAAGACGACGUCCGAAACAAAAUCGUGAUUCAAAAGACAGUAACAGUGCAACGAGUACUAAAGACAGAAACAAUAUGCAGCAACAUCAGCAGCAAGUGGAAAGCAUACAACAAAAUAUGAGUCGAUUACAUGGCAGCCAAAGUUAUCCAGAAAGGCCUGGUGUAAAAAAAGUGUUCCGUAGACCUUCCUGGAAAAAGUUUAUCAACAAAAUGGUCCAACACAUGUCGAACGUGGGCACACAGAAUCACAAAACUUCUCAUAGGGACGAUCUUAGUUCUAGUGCUGGAGACAUAAGGGUACCUCCGCCUCGACCGGCACAUAUACCGCCUGAUAGAGUGCCAGGGGUCAUAGGUUUACGCAAUCACGGUAACACGUGUUUUAUGAACGCUGUAUUGCAGUGCUUAUCGCAUACGGACAUACUUGCAGAAUAUUUCGUACUGGACCAAUACAAGGUCGAUUUAUCCAGAAGAAAUAAACUAAACUCUAAAAAAUAUGGAACAAAAGGAGAGAUUACAGAACAGUUGGCUCUUUUAUUAAAGGCUAUCUGGAGUUGUCAAUAUGAUCCAGAAAUGAGCACAGCGUUUAAAAGCGUCGUCGACAAAUACGGAAGUCAGUAUCGCGGGAACUUGCAGCACGACGCUCAGGAAUUCUUGUUAUGGUUAUUAGACAAAGUGCACGAGGACUUAAAUCAAGCCACCAAAAAAAAAUAUAAAAUCAUAAAGAAUUCUUUCGGCAGGCCGGAUGAUAUUGUCGCGGCGGAAACUUUGGCGAAUCAUGUCCGUUGUAACAAUUCGUUUGUGCAUGCAGUGUUCCAAGCUCAAUUUCGAUCUAGUUUGACUUGUCCAAGAUGUCACCGACAAUCGAAUACGUUCGAUCCUUUCCUCUGUGUAUCAGUACCUGUCCCGCAAAAUCAUCGACAGAUGAAUCUUUUCGUGAACGUUCUUUAUACGUCACAACAACCGCGGCAAGUAAAAAUCGGUGUAAGUGUAAACCAGAUGGCCAAUGUAAGAGAACUCAGAGAAAUUUUGGCCAGUGAUACUGGUAUCGAUGAGAAUCAUAUGUUACUCACGGAAGUUCAUGAUGAAGGAUUUCAUAGAACUUUCUCUGAUUGCCAACCUUUAUCUGUGAUUACGGAAAACGAUCCGCUUUACUGUAUAGAACUGCCACAGCUGAAGGAACCUACAGAGCAAGCGUAUAUUCUACUUGUAUGGAUUAACAUUCUUAUGAAAGGAGAUCUAAGGCAACGUUUUGGUAGUCCAUAUACUAUGCAAGUAUCUAGAGAAACAUCGUAUGAAGACCUACAAAAACUUUUAUUAAAAGAAAUGCAUAGUGUUCUGGCUGAUGAUGUGCUUACGUCUAGUCAGAGUCCUGGACUAUUUAACAUUCGAGUAGCGGACCCUGCAGCUACUCCUAUUCAAGAUGAACAUCCGUGUAUAGAUCCUUGUGUAGAACAUCCCCUUUACACAGAACAAAUUGAACAAGCAUUAGCUCUCUGUGCCGAUGAUUCUGGUCCUCAGCAUGUAAAAUUAAUUCUUGAAUGGGAUGAAGCCACUAAGUGUAAUAUUAUACAAGAUGAUAGUGAUCAAAUCGAAGAACAUGCCAGUGUAAAACAAUUGAAAACAAACUCUGAACUGGGGGGAGCUGUUACUUUAGAAGAAUGUUUUGAUCUAUAUACAAGAGCCGAAAUAUUAGGAGCGGAAGAUGCGUGGCACUGUCCAUAUUGUAAUAAGAAACAAGAAGUUGUGAAGAAAUUGGGUCUUUGGUCUUUACCUGAUAUCUUAGUUAUUCAUUUAAAAAGAUUUCGACAACAGUCUAAACAAAGAUCCACAUCUAAAUUGACCAUGUUAGUCGAUUUUCCUUUGUAUGGUUUCGAUAUGACUCCCCAUCUUGCUCAUAAUGGAGUUCAAACGCAUAAUAACGUGAGUAGUUUAGGUGGUCUAGGCUGGUCACCCUGGAAAAAACCUAGACCUCGUCAACAAAAUAUCCCAAAAUAUGAUGAAAACGUUUACGAUCUUUAUGCAAUUUGUAACCAUCAUGGACAAGAUUUACAGGGAGGUCAUUAUACCGCAUUUUGCCGAAACCCAUAUGAUACUCAAUGGUAUUGUUUUGACGAUACCCGAGUAGAAGCUGUAAAUGAUACUAAUUUAAUAACAAAUGCUGCAUAUAUGUUGUUUUAUCAACGUAGAGGGUUAACUAAUAAUUCUGGUAAUUCUUCAGCCGCAUCUACAAGUUCUGCCGGGUCUGGACUUGAUCAUUGGGUUUCAAAAAUGCCACCAUUUUAUUUUAACAAUAAGACUAAUAACAAUGUUUCAAAUAACAAUCAAAGCAAAUCACAGGAAGUGUUGUGUCAAGAUAAAAUCGUAGAAGAAAAGAAUAUAACGAAUUUUAAUAGAGGAUGUCGUAAUUAUGCUACUUUGCAACCGAAGAAAAGAAAUGUUGCGACAGAAACGGAUAUUAGCCAGAUCGAUCACUAUUCAGACGAUGAAGCACCUUGCAGAAGAGAAUGGGCUUCGCCAAAACCUGUUCGAAAAAUGUCGUCCAUUACGUUAAUACCGCAAUCUACGAUAAUUCAUAGUGCCAGUAGUGAUCCAGACACAACAAUAAUACACGAGUCGACGUUGUAACACACAAUUUAAGCCAGAUUAGAUCUGGCUCGAGCAACGCUCAAUGUAUAGUGCCUGGAAUGGUGUGCGAAAGAUCAGAAAUAAAUUAGAAAUAAAGAGUGAAAAUAAAUACAAGAGUAUAUAACAACUUUUCGCGGAAUUUAACUCCAUUCAUUUCUUAUCAAAGACUUAAUGUAGUCUAUUUAGAAACAAAUAUGAAAAUCUUUCACUUUGAAUUUAUACAUAUAAGAAAGCUUUUCUUUUAUAUUAAGCAUCGACCGGACAAAGAACAUCUAGAGUCUCUCUAAUUUCUUUGUUUUGAUAUUGAAAAAAGAAAAAAUAGAAAGUUACAAUAUUAGAUGAAUAUUUUCUGAGAAUGUAAGUGAAACUCGAGGCAUUAGUGAUUUUUGUAUUUAUAUCGUAUUUACAAAUUGCGUGAAUUGUAUUGUACAUUCUAGUUAUUAGAAAACUUUUUAAGAAAAGGACAAAUAUUCAGUAUCAAAAAGUAUGAAUCCCUUAUUUACAAGCUGUCUAUUGUUAAUACUUAGAUUUUUUUCAAUGCAAUAGGUAACUAAUAUUUUACAUAUGUCCAACAAGAAUGUACAUGUGUCAAAGAAACUUUGUACGCGACUUUUUUCUCAAAUUUGCGGAUCGAAUAUCGCAUGCGUCGUGUUGCAAUGAACUAUGACAAUAACUGAAUCUUAUUUAGCAGGAUUCAUGUAUUACAAUGACUUUGUUUUCAAUAAUAAUUCUUGUUUGGACAUAUUAUAUAGUUGCUAAUCAUUGCUUUGAAUUUAUGCUUAAUUAUAAUAUUUAUAUCAUAUUUGUAUCACCUACUAGUGGCCUUAUCUCAGUAAUUAAUAUUAAUGUCAUUUGCAAUCAUACAAGCAUAGUUACUAUUUUGACAGCGUUUUAUUACCAAACAUUGACAUUGUAUCGUGAAAGCCACCAAAUUGUAGCAUAUAUAUCACUAAUUCUUUGGAUUCUAACGAAUCGACGACCAAAAAAAUCAAUAUACUUCCAUUUAAAAGUCUCGUUCUUCCUCUAAUAAUCGGCAAUUAAAUUUUGUUAUUCGAAAAAGAUAACGUGUCGGUUCUUAAUAGAGUGGCUUUCCUAAUAUUCUUCAGCGAUGUAUUCUUUUUUUGUAUUUUAUUCUCAAAUACUCUAAUCUCUCAGUUGUAACGAGCAUUCCACUUAUUGUUAGAUUUGUUUAUAAAUAGAAGAUGAUGAAAAACAGAAGCAUGAAAGUGAAACAAAUUUAUAUAUAUUCAUAUACACGUAGGUGUAUAAUUUAUGAGUGAAAGAUAUUUAAGUUAUUUUAAAAGUAACAUUUAUUACUAGUCAUAUGUAUCGUGGACGGGAUGUGGCGACUAAAGAAUGUAUGUGACGAAUUGUAACGCAAUUAAUAUCGAAUUUCAUUAUAAAUUAUAAAAAAGAUGUUUAAUUGAAAUAAAAAAAAACGUAAGGUAUAGCUUGAUAUAUAUAUUUUAAAGGCGUUUACAUGUAAAUUGAUUCCUAUGACAAGAUUAAACAAGUGCCAUGAUGGUCUUAGAGAUAUAAUACUCAAUAAAAAUUCAAAUAUUUUUAUACUCGGUUUAAUAACGAUUGUUCUUUUCAAAUUUAGCAAUUGAAAACUUAAAUAUCUUAAAAAUUAAUAAUCAAUAAACUAUAUGUAAAUAAUUAUAAUAAAGAAAUGCGAUAUUUCUAUAAAUAUUCCAAUUACUGGAUUUGAAAACAGACAUCACAUUAAAUGACCGAGUAUUAUUCAGUUCAAAAUAAGAAGUUCCCUUCGUGGCAUUUAAUAAACUGCAUGAUAGAAUGAAUGUGUAGAAUGUGUGAUAAACAGAAGUAAAGGAAAGCCACUACCCGUUUAUUAUUCUAUGAUUUUAGAAUUUUGUGCAUUCACGUUAAUCGACUGAGGGAUACGUUAUUAAUUAUAUUACCGCUGUUUUUGUUGAAAUAAAUUAGGAAAUGUAUAUAUAAAUGAAAAAACGUCAUUCCACUUUGUGCACGCUGAAUUAUGUCAGCUUUGAUCUAUGAUUCUAAAUACUUCGCGUUUUUUGAAGUAACUGUUGAUGCUUGUUAUGUUUAUAGACAAAUUAAUUGCCACGCUUUUUAUAAUUUUUCAAGAGCACGCGUGGGAAAUUCCCUUGCAUCAAUUCAGAAAUUUCAAUGUGGAAAGAAAAUAUCGACCAAUUGUAUACUAGUCUAAUAUAUUUUAUUGUAGUCUGCGAAAUAUAUAAUAAUUUGUUGCAUAUUGAAGAAAUUUGUGAAAAGAUAAAUAUCAAUUAUGUCGGAUUUUAUUUUAAUUAUAUCAGUUUAUGAAUAAUAGAUUAUAGAUCAAAUAGAUAAAAAAGCAAAUUUGAAUUCGAAAUGAGAUAUUGUAUAAUACUAUUAUUCAAGUCUAAUGUAAAAAGUUUAUAAAUAAUUAGGGAUAAAAUAAAUCAUAAUAUACAGAGAUUUGUCAAUAAAAGUAAUAUUCAUACAUAAAAUAUUUGGAAUAUAGUAAUUUAAAGAAAAAUUAUGUAUUUGACUAUUAUUUACAUUAAAAUUCGAUUAUAAAAUAUGCGUUCAUUUUAAAAAUAUACAUUGAUCCCAACUUUUUUGUUAUUUAAUAAAUAUAGUAUUUAUUUUGUUAUACUUGAAAAAUAUGUAGUAAAAUUAUUUGUUUUUAAUUUAGUUUUUAAUAAACAAAUUAUAAAAAAAUUAUACGAAACGAUAUGAUUUAUAUAAAAAAUAUAUAAUAAAUAAUUUAAUAAUAUAUUAAAAAUUUAAUAUCUAGUAUUUAAUUUGAAUUUUAUAUUUUCGCGCCAUUUAAUGUUAUGGAGUAUAUAUAACUGCUAAUAAAAAAUUGUUUAUUACUUUUACUUUAUUUAUAAAAGAAGAAAUUAAUUUUUUAUAUUGUUUCAUUUAAAAUUAUUAAUUUAAUAUAAAUUAGAUAUUUUCUUUUAACUGAAAAUUUUAUUUCCUAAAUUUGUUAAUAUUUUUCAUAAAGUGUCAAUCAUCAUUUUUAACGGUUGAUAUUUUAAAAUAUAUUACAUUAAUUUUGUUUUUAAUUAUUUAAAAAAAUAUAUAAAAUCAUAAAGCUAUGAUUUACGCAUGAAAAAAAAUUAUAAAUUUUUUAUGUCUUUAAUAUUAUAAUUUUUCUUUAUUUUGUAAUAUUUUUUUACGCCAAGAAAAAAAGAAAUAAAUAAUAAUAUCGAGUUUUAUUUCUUAAUAAUAAUAAAUAUAAUCUGUUUCUUUAAUAUAAAUAUAUAUCUUAAAAUUUAUUCCAUUAAUUAAUUUUAUCGAUAUUAGAAAUUUAAAAAUAUUUAAGUAAGUAUAUGCAGCAUUUACAUAAAAUAUAGCAUAUUCUAAAUAUUUAUUGUAUAUUUUAUGUAAAAUGUGACAAAUUUAUAAGCAUAAACUAUGAAAUGCAUUACUAUUCACAAUAUGUAUAUCGAAAUUCAUAAUAUAUUGCUUACAAAGUAGGCCAGAAAGAUUCAAGUAGUUUCAAUAUUGCACGGUCUGCUCAAAUAAAUCGUUUCAAUUUGGUGGAUUAUCACGAAAUUUUUCUUAUCCGAUACAUAGUAUGAUUAGAGACUUGGAUUAUGAAUAACGAAUAAUAUCAUUUUACAUUUAAUCGAAGAGUGUACCGAGCAUCAAGAGUCUUCUCUCGAUAUUUACUUCGAAUGAAAUAAUUCGUUGAAGCAAACUGUACAUAGGUACAUCUUACGAGAAAGAUGAAAUUGUGUGGUAGUACAUUGGGAUUGGUCGUGGCGCCACCCCACUCCGUGAAGGCUUUCAGUCGAGCUCGAACCUUCAUCGGGUGUGGAGUGUGUGUUGCAUUGUCGUGUGUUAGUGUUCAGAUUAUUCACUGAAAAUUAAGGUCUCGUAGCAUGUCUUGACGAGUAGGAGAAGCUCUUCAACGGGGUUUUCGGCAGACAAGGGUUCUCCAAAAUGGCGGGCGGUCAGCAGCUUCCCGAACAGUACACGGUACCGCAGCUCGCUAAGGUCUUCCACGGCCUGCCGCACCUCAACGUCUCUCUCCACUCGGUCAACAACACCUUUAAUCCACAUUCUGAAAUCUAUCUCGAGGUAUAUAACAUUCCUUUUUGUUUUACAAUAUUGUAAACAAAGGAAAUUAAGAUUUAAUUAUAUAAUGAAUCCUAUUAUAUCGAAGUUUAUAGUUUAUUAGAAGUGAAAUUUACGAGUUUGAUUGCGAAACGAUAUUAAAAGAAUUCAUAAAAAUAUCGGAUGAAAAGAGAAAAUAAAAUAAAGAUAAAGCAUGUAAGAAAUUUUUGCAUCAACUGAUGAAAAUUAACAAAGUUUAAAAAAUAUCGUUUUAACUACUCGAAUCUGAAAAUAUGUUUCAUUAAUACAAAAGCAAUGUAUACAGCCGCGAUUUUAUUGGUUUUCAUCAAUUUUUCGAUGACUAACAAUGCGCGAAUCGUGUCCAUGUCGCGCGUGUAAGCUUUAGCUGGGUCAGCGGAAUAAAUCGCAUGUCGUUCGAUUAACAGGAUCGUGAUAGCAAUUCACUGAAUUCUGCUAGUUACGUCAAUAUCUGGAAGCAAUUCCGGCUCGAUUCCUUUUUGGCCAACGUACAAAGCAUUCUCGUUGAUUUCCCGUAAAAUGUCUCUCGAUACUGCCUCCCGAAGGAAGAAGAGAUUCUUUGGCAAUGCUUUCCAAACCGAGCAUUCGUUGAAUAGAUUGUACGCGUUGGACUCGUUUCUCAAAUAAAUGGGAAUGUUGUUUUGCUGAA